UCGAGGAAGGACUGUUGCGGCGAGCGCCUCUGAGGCUGUCUCAAGUUUAAGUCUUUGUGUGAACAUCCGAAGAGAGAUCUACUCUGCUGUCAACAACUCUAGCAUGUUUCCAUCAAAGGCGAUGAGCGGCGCAGAGCAGAGUGGCGCCUCCGCCCCCGCUACCGCCCCCGCCGCCACCGCCACCUCGCCCACCGGCAGCUGCAGCAGCGGCGGCAGUAGCAGCCGCAUACCCGUGGCACGAGCCAUGCGCCGCAGCCACUCGAUGCGCCUGCGCGGCGAGCAGCAGCGCGCCUGCUUCCCCAUAGCGGAGACCGAGGCGCCCGUCAGGAACCGCAGCAUGUCGGUGAGCGCGACCAGCACGCCGCGCCUGUCGCGCCGCAACCCGCCGGGCGACCGACGUGCCAACACGAGCGCCGCCGCAGACGAGUCGGAGGACGACGCGGACUCCGUGCGCAGCUUCGGCAGCGCCUGCUCCUCCAUGUCGUGCGACCACGCCUACUUUGCGCGCAACGGCACCACGUUUUCCGGCCGGCGCAUGCGCUACGUCGUCCACUGCUCGCCGCACACCGACGACACCGAGGAGUACCUCACGCCCACGCAGCGGGCUUCUCGGCAAAUACGCCGUCUCAAGGCGCUGCUGAACGAGACGAGGAAGGACCUGGAGAGCAAGGACCGCGACAUCCUGCGCCUGACCAAGGAGGUGGUGGAGCUGCGGCUGUUCAAGGCGUCGCUGCAGGCGGCCGAGGACGUGGCGAGCGGCGCGCCGCCCCCGCGCGGCGCCGACAGCAGCGACGACGAGCCCGACGCCGCCAACACGGCGUCCGCGUCGGCGUCGCCCGCGCUGCCCACCGGCGCCGCUUGCGGGGACGCCAAAGGGGGUGCGCGGGCGGCCGAGGCGGAGGCCGAGGAGGAGGCGGACAAGGCGGAGCUGCCCGGCUCGCUGGCCGACUCGGGCCACUUCGAGGACGUGGGCUCCUCGUCCGGCUUCUCGCUGGGCCGCUCGCCCGCCAAGCUGGACGACCGCGAGGGCGAGCGCACGCGCAUCGUCAACAUGUACGAGCGCCGCCUGGCCGAGCUGCGGCGCGCGCACGUCGACGACGUGCAGGAUAUGAAGCAGCGCCACAACGACAAGGUCGAGGACCUGCUGCAGCGCCUCUCCGACACCAACUCCAGGUAUUGUGAACUACGAACUGAAUAUGACAAAGCACAGGAUAAGAUCAGAGAACUGGAGAGGGAAACAGAGAGCCUGCGUAAAAACAUGGAGGAGCAUGAAGAGAGGAAUAAAAAUAUGUAUUUGAAAAUGUACAUGAAGGGACAAGAGGCUGCCAAGUUUGAGCAUGCAGAUCAGGUACUGGAGUUUGCACAUAAGGCACCAAAUAGGGUGUCAGUUCCAGAAUUAUUAAAACAGUUGCAGACAACAGAAAAUGAGCUGGAACAUAUCAAGGAAGUGGAUCAGCAACAAACAAGCAAUUCAAAGAUACCUUUGCUAAGUGCAAAGGAGGCUGUUACACUGUGGCUACUUGGCACUCGUAAGGCUUUGUAUCGACGCCUUGUGGAGGCACAUGCAAGUAAAGGUGAAAUGGAUCCAGCAAUGACUCUUCAGUUUUUGAAGUCUGCUGUCUACUACUUCCUCACAGACAGGGAAAAUCAUCAAGGUCAUCUUAAUGCGAUUAAAAGCAUUUUAGGUUAUACUGAGUCAGAAAAAAGUAAUAUUGAGAGAGCUUAUAAAGCUUAUUUGAGGAAAUAAGACUUAUUUAAACAAGUUGUGUACUGUAGUGAUAAUUUUGGAAUGAAUCUGUAUAUUUUGCUUUGGUUGUUCUCCAGAAAGAAGUGUAUAUAUAUAGGAGAAACUUUUUAGAUCUAUAUGUAUCCUGUGCAAAAUGCAUCAAAUGAUAUGAAUAAUAU